GAGGCCUGUGGGAGGGGCAGCUGCAAGUAGAGUGGACAAAAUUCAACCCUGGAGUAGUCAGCCCGCCGCACUCUGCGCCUCCCUCAAGAAGGACUCACCUUUCGCCCGUAACGAGGGAGCUUUGCGUUUGAUCGUAUCUCAUGGAGGGCAGGAUCACCUGGGGACUGUGGCUGCUCGUGCUUCUCGUGGCAUGUGGGCGCCUGGCGGCUUUCAACCUGGACACCGAAAAUGUCCAGAGGAAGAGCGGGGAUAAAGGGAGCCUGUUCGGCUUCUCUCUCGCCAUGCACCGGCAGCUUGAACCGAAGGACCAGAGAAUGCUGCUGGUUGGUGCCCCAAGAGCGAAAUCCUUAAAAGGUCAAAAAGCUCAAGUGACAGGAGGACUCUACAGAUGUGACAUGAGCUCCAACUCAGCUAGCUGCCUCAGAGUUAACUUUGAUAAUGAAGAGGACUUAACCAGAGAAAGCAAAGAGAACCAGUGGAUGGGAGUGACGGUCAACAGUCAGGGGCCAGGAGGCAAGAUUGUGACCUGUGCCCAUCGCUACCAGCGCCGGACCAACGUGAACACACCCAUUGAAUCCCGUGACAUUAUUGGCCGCUGCUACGUGCUGAGUCAGGACUUGACAAUCAAUCCCAGAUCAGGUGAAGAUGGAGGUGGCUGGCACUUUUGUGACAGCCGACCCAGAGGCCAUGAGAUGUUCGGCUCCUGCCAGCAGGGCCUCUCUGCCACGUUCGACAACGACUACCACUACCUCAUCUUUGGGGCUCCUGGAGCAUACAACUGGAAAGGUGUGGUACGCUUGGAACAAAAGAACGACACCUUCUUGGAGAUGGAUAUCUAUGACGAUGGCCCUUUUGAGGCGGGAGAUGAGAGAGAAAAGAACCCCGACCUGGUCCCUGCCCCUGCCAACAGCUACUUGGGCUUCUCUCUGGACUCGGGGAAGAGUUUGACCAAGAAGGGGGAGCUGACAGUGGUGGCGGGAGCCCCUAGAGCAAACCACAGCGGGGCGGUGGUGCUGCUGAAGAGAGGCCCAUCCUCAAGCAACAUCUUGCUGAGAGAGUACACCCUGGAAGGGGAGGGGCUGGCCUCAUCUUUCGGCUACGACCUAGCUGUGCUGGAUCUCAAUGGGGACGGUUGGCAGGACAUAGUAGUGGGAGCACCUCAGUACUUUGAGAAGGACGGAGAAAUUGGUGGAGCUGUCUAUGUCUACGUCAACCAAGCAGGAAACUGGAACAAAGUCAAACCAACCAGAAUAGACGGAACUAAGGACUCCAUGUUUGGCCUGGCCGUGGAAAACCUGGGGGACAUCAAUCUGGAUAGUUACCAUGAUUUUGCUGUGGGAGCUCCUUAUGAGAAUGAUGGUGCCGGGAAUGUUUACAUCUACAGCGGAUCAGCCACAGGACUCAGCUCUAAAAAAGCUGUACAGGUGCUGUCCGGCCAGCCUUUAAGAGUGAGUCUGUUUGGCUACUCUUUGGCAGGCAACAUGGACCUGGAUAAGAACUCCUACCCCGACAUGGCUGUCGGAUCCCUCUCCGACUCUGUCUUUGUCUACAGAGCCCGUCCAGUUAUUAACAUCAAGAAAGAAAUCAAGUUCACACCGAAGGAAAUUGACCUUACCAAGAAGAACUGUGACAACAAAUUCUGCUUUACUAUUGACGCAUGCUUCACCUACAUUUCCAACUCCAAGAGCUACGCUCCAGAACUGAUUGUGGAGUUCUCCCUCGAGGCAGACGCUGACCACCGGAAGCGCGGUCUUACUCCCAGGGCGACCUUCAAGGAUUUGUCCUCCUCCCCUGAAAACUACAAAUUAAAAGGGACCAUCAAAAUGAGCAGCAAAGAAGCGAUACAUUGUGUUACACGUCACCUUGUCCUAACGGAAAAUAUUCGAGACAGGCUGCGUGGGAUCCCCAUCGAUGUGUCCGUGGACAUCCAGAACGCCAAACGUAAACGCAGACAGAGCUCAGUUCCUCAACUGCAACCUGUCCUGGACACCAACGAGCCGGCGACGACUCGAGCAGAGGUUAAUUUCCUGAAGGAGGGUUGUGGCAGCGACAAUGUGUGCCAGAGCAACUUGCAGGUGAAAUAUCGCUAUGGCUACAGGACAACUGACGAAGACACGUUUGUUCCAUUAGAAUUAGAGAAUGGCGUGCCGGUGAUCUCGCUCAAGGAUCAGAAGGACAUCGCCUUGGAGGUCAAAGUAACCAAUCUCAAUGGAGAUGAUGCACACGAAGCCUCUUUGAAGGCCAACUUCCCAAGCUCCCUGACUUACUCUGCAUACCGUGGUGCACCUCGUCAGCUGCAGGUAAACUGCAAAGCCAGUAAAAACGGUUCUGAUGCUGAAUGUGACCUUGGGAACCCCUUCAAACGUGACUCAGAGACGACCUUCUACAUUAUUUUGGGUACAGCAGGCAUCUCUCUCAACACCACUGAACUGGAGAUUGAUCUUCAGCUAAAAACGACAAGUGACCAGCAAAAAUUAGAUCUCGUCAAAGCAAAGGCAAAGGUGGCCAUCCUGUUGCAGCUGUCUGUGACAGGACAAGCCAAGCCGUCUCAGGUCUACUUUACAGGAGAGGUCAAAGGUGAGACUGCAAUGAAGACUGAAAGUGACACUGGCAGUGCCAUCACACAUCAGUUGAGAAUAAUCUACCUGGGAAAGCGAUUGAGAGACUUUGGCACCGCCACCCUCACCAUCAAGUGGCCAAAGCUGACAGAGCAGGGCAAGUGGCUGCUCUACCUGAUGAAGAUCAGCUCCACAGGAGUGGAGCAGAUGGACUGCUCUCCGAAAGACGAGAUCAACAGUCUUGGCCUGGAACCAAGUAACACCAGGACGAGAAGAGCAGCAAGAAACACCCAGGGAAGUGAUGAGGGCAUUAUUUCCCGGUUUAUUGACACCAAGAAAUCAAUAUCUCUGUCCUGUGACAGUGGGGCACAAUGUGUGACCAUAAAGUGCCCCCUGCGGGGCCUGGAAAGUAAUGCAUUCAUCACUCUGCACUCUCGCCUCUGGAACAGCACCUUCAUCGAGGAUUUUUCAAAGUUACAUCAUGUGGAGGUGACAGUGAAGGCCUCUCUGCACGUUGAUAGCACAAAGAACACAGUGCUGGAAAAUGCUGAGACAGAGGUGAGACUGACGGUUUUCCCAGAGAGGCGUGCAGCUCAGUAUGGAGGAGUAGCGUGGUGGAUCAUCGUGCUGUCCAUCCUGCUUGGGCUGCUGUUGUUGGCCCUCUUGGCUUUCCUUCUCUGGAAGUGUGGCUUUUUCAAGCGUGCCAAAUAUGAAGACAAGGUUCCCAGUUACAAUGCAGUUCGGAUUAAACGGGAGGAGAGAGCGAUAAACCCUGGGAAUGGUAACUGGGAUAACCUGGAAAAGAAGCCCUGGAUGACAACCUGGCAUGACAAUGACCAUUAUUCUUAACAGCCGAUGAAAUCUGACUCCACACAGAUUUCUGUUGCUUACUGUUGAACUCCCAGUUUCACCGAUUUUUUUCCUGCCCUGUCUUUGCACAGCUUGGACUAUAAAAAUCAAGAAAGAAAAAAAUCUUUUGUAAACUUUUUAGUAGGACUAAAAACUUGAUCAAACAUCCUGCUUCAGGAGCUGAUUUGAUCUCGGAUAGUCUGUAUGAAUCACUGGAAGGAGAGUUGGUCCUGCACAAUUACUGUUUGUCUGUCUUUAGAGCUUGUUUUGUACAUUGACUACGUUCAGUGUUGACUAGGG